AUGUCGCCAUCAGAGGUCGCAGCAGACAUCUCCGUUGACGUCGCCGCCGGAGCUCUGCGAUGGAGCCCCUCGGCGGGACAUGAGCGUCAGAUCAAAUUGAAUGAUAUUGUGGGCAUCGUGCGAGCCUCGGCUUCGUCAACAUCCGCAUACCGCGUGCUAUACAUCGAGAGCACGUCGAGUGCGAACGAAGAAGAUGAAAUGCUGAGUCGUGUGACUCACUUUGAUCUAGCGUCUCUCCCUGACGGCCUCUCGUCGCAUGUGAAAGAUCUCCCCGCCUACCUCUGCAAAGAUAAGCCUGUGCAUGUGGUUGUUUCGACCCAGAGCGGCACAGGCACAGCGAGAGAUGUCUUUCGCAAUGGCGUAGAGCCAUUUCUACAGUCCCUCGGACUUGUCUAUGAAACCACCGAAACCCAAUCCUCUCAGACCAUUUUGGAACUGGCACAGUCGCGCUUCCUCGAAGAUGCGUGCGCGGGCAUUGCACAAACAAUUAUUCUCCUCUCCGGUGAUGGAGGACUCGUCGAUCUCAUCGACGUUUUUAGCAAAUCCCAAAGGAGCAUUCAGGCUGCUCCUGACAUUGCUCUGAUUCCCUGUGGAACAGGCAACGCCAUGGCCAGUUCGAUCGGACUGCGAUUCGGUCCGAUCUACGCCGUCCGCACUUUACUGAGUGGUCAAUCUUGUUCCGUGCCGACUAUCGCUGUGAGAUUUUCGCCAGGUGCACAGCUUGUGAUUGAUGAAGGCCGACAGCGUGCUCUUAUCAGCAACAUCUCAGAUCCAUCCCAGCAGACCCUGUUCGGGGCUGUGGUCGCUAGCUGGGGGCUUCACGCCGCCUUGGUAGCGGAUAGCGACACGACCGAGUAUCGCAAAUUCGGCAUGGAGCGGUUCAAGAUGGCCGCGACAGAGCUCCUCCACCCUGCUGAUGGGAGCAUGCCCCAUCGUUUCAAAGGUCGAAUCAAAUUAACAACCUCUCGACCAAGCGUCAGCCUUGGUGGGAACGGAGAUGAAAGCGGCAGUCAACAACCCAUCACAUCUCACGAGUACACUCUCCCCGAGACUGAGCACAUGUACGUACUGACCACACUCGUCCCACGGCUAGAGAAAGACUUUGUUAUCUCUCCCGCCUCUAAGGCCUUGGAUGGUCGGAUGCGGUUCCUCCGUUUCGGACCCCUGUCCGGCGAGGAGGCUAUGCGUCUUCUGAUGUUGGCGUAUCAGGACGGGGCGCAUGUCAAAGAUGAAUUGAUGACUUAUGAAGAAGUUGAGAGAGUACGCAUUGAUUUUGACGAAGAAAUGGAACGAUGGCGACGUGUCUGUAUUGAUGGGAAGAUUGUGGCUGUUGAGCAGUCGGGCUGGAUGGAGAUUUCGAUGGAUGCGAGACGGCUAUUGAAUCUGAUUACUCCUAUUGAGUAG